AAUCAUCUUUGAUCAUGAUAGAGAGGUUAGUAGCUCGAUGGAAAUUAUUCUAGAGGUCAAAACCCCACGAGACAGUGGGAGCAAAAAAAAAUAAUAUAAACAAUUCCAUGGGACAAGGCGAAAUGGUCUUUUUUGUUUGGACGUUUAGUGUUACUGUCGCACAAAUAAUUAACGGAAAUAUCGACCAAACAACUGCUAAACAAAUUACCCAUGUAGGAAGGAAGUUUAGGGCUGUUUAUGGUUGAAUUGGUUUUACUGUCAGUCGUCAUUUGUCCUGCAGACGAGGAAGAAACUGAAUUAUUCAAGAGAAGAAUUUGAAAUGGCUACAGCUUUGAAGAAACAGAUAGCUUCUCGGAAAAAGGGGCCUCAGAGAGUGGAACUCACUGAAGAGCAAAGAUCAGACAUCAAAGAAGCAUUUGAUCUCUUCGAUCCUGAUGGUACAGGAAAAAUACCAACGAAGGAGUUGAAGGUCGUCCUGCGAGCUCUUGGAUUCGAGCCGAAAAAGGAGGAGCUGAAGAAAUUGGUGGCCGAGGCAGAUCCCGACGCAAUCGGCAAGCUCUCCUUCGAGGAGUUCCUCAACAUAAUGACGUUAAAAAUGGGUGAGAAGGAUACGAAGGAGGAGAUUCUCCGGGCAUUCAGGCUCUUCGACGACGACGACACUGGCAAAAUAACUUUUAAGAAUUUAAAACGCGUUGCUAAAGAAUUGGGAGAGAAUCUCACCGAUGAGGAACUCCAGGAGAUGAUCGACGAGGCAGACAGAGAUGGGGAUGGGGAAAUAUCCCAGGAGGAGUUCAUGAGAAUAAUGAGGAAAACUUGCACCUUUUGAUCGCAUCAUUUGAGUCAUUAAGAAUAGUUUAUAAAUUGAGAAUCAAUAAUAAUUCCUAACUCAAUGGA